UGCGGUCCUUCUUUGCGGCCGCGGACUCCCAGUGUCACUGCUCCCAUUCCCCCCUUGCCGGCCCCCUCCCCUCCCCCCUCCUGCCCUCCUCCCCCUUCCCUCGGAAGCGCUGAGUAAGCCUGGGGCCAGGAGGGUAGGGACUAGGCGCUGCAGGAGCGGAGCUGGGGGUAUGUCCGGAUCCAGCUACAAGUGCCCCGAAGCUGCAGCUGCCCCUGCGAGGAUUCAGGCUGGGGCUCGGCUGCUGCUCAGCUGGGAGAAGGAAAGCGGAAGACUUUCAAAGACUAGGUGGAUCAGAUGGCCAGUGACCAAUGUGCCAGGUAGCAUUCCAUGCCACCUUUGAAUGCCAACAGGAAUUCAUUGGAAAAGCAAACCAUCUUCAAAACUACAACUGAAUCACUUGGGGGUAACUUGGCAAAAAACAGAAGUCAUCAGUCCUAACUAUGGCAGCACCAAAGAGAACUUUGUACAUUUCCCCACCCGAUGGAGGGUGGGGUUGGAUGAUUGUGGCUGGCUGUUUCCUUGUCACCAUCUGCACCAGGGCAGUCACAAGAUGUAUCUCCAUUUUUUUUGUGGAAUUCCAGACAUAUUUUGCUCAGGAUUAUGCACAAACAGCAUGGAUCCAUUCCAUUGUAGACUGUGUCACCAUGCUUUGUGCGCCACUGGGGAGUGUUAUCAGUAACCACUUAUCCUGUCAAGUGGGAAUCAUGCUGGGUGGCUUGCUUGCCUCUACUGGUCUCAUCCUGAGUUCAUUUGCUACCAGCCUGAAGCACCUCUACCUCACUCUUGGAGUUCUUACAGGUCUUGGAUUUGCACUUUGCUAUUCUCCAGCCAUAGCCAUGGUGGGCAAGUAUUUUAACAAGAGGAGAGCCCUCGCAUAUGGCAUAGCAAUGUCAGGGAGUGGGAUUGGGACCUUUAUUUUGGCCCCUGUGGUUCAGCUUCUGAUUGAGCAGUUCUCCUGGCGGGGGGCAUUGCUUAUUCUUGGAGGUUUUGUUUUGAACCUCUGUGUUUGUGGUGCCUUGAUGCGUCCCAUCAACCUGAAGGAGGACCAUAAAAACCACUCGGAACAGGACCCUGUCUCCAAAAUGCCAAAAGAGGACUUACCGCCUUUGUCCCUCUGCUCACCUUUACUGAAAGAAUGUACUCAUCCCUGUUUGUGCUGCUCCUUGCAGCAAGAAUACCGCUUCUUAUUCAUAGCAGACUUUGUGGUGUUUGCCACAUCCAUCCUGUUUAUGGCUUAUGGCUGCAGCCCUCUCUUCGUGUACCUGGUGCCUUAUGCCCUGAGUGUUGGAGUGAGUCAUCAGCAAGCUGCAUUUCUCAUGUCCAUACUUGGCGUGAUUAACAUUGUUGGUAAUGUUACCUUUGGAUGGCUGACAGAUAGAAGAUGCCUGAAGAACUCCAGAUAUAUUUGCUACCUCUUUGCUGUGGGAUUAGAUGGUCUCUGUUACCUCUUCCUUCCAAUGCUCCAAAGCUUCCCCCUGCUUGUGCCUUUCUCUUGUACCUUUGGAUACUUUGAUGGUGCCUAUGUGACCCUGAUCCCCGUAGUGACAGCUGAAGUGGUGGGGACCACCUCCUUAUCAUCAGCUCUUGGUGUGGUCUACUUCCUCCAUGCAAUCCCAUACCUAGUGAGCCCACCCAUUGCAGGAUGGCUGGUUGACACCACUGGCAACUACACCGCAGCUUUCCUUCUCUGUGGAUUUUCAAUGAUUUUCAGUUCUAUAUUACUUAGCUUUGCUAGACUUCUAAAAAAGAUGAAAACAUCCCAGGUGCAGUCUCUUGACAAAGAUCCUGGCCCCAAACUUCAGCUUUGGCCUAAUGGGACGGUAGCUUAUUCUGUAGCAGGAGAACUAGACCAGAAAGAUGGGGACUUGAGGACCACUGGAGCACCCAGUUACAACACAUGACCAAUAUCCAUAAGCCUGGAAACGUUCAGAAGCAUGAGAACUGGGGCCACAGAGUAGAUUCACCCUCUGCCUGAAACAUGAUCUCUCAAGUGAAUGAUUGUUAUAUUUUUAUAGGAGGAAAAAGAUAACCGAUAAAAAAUGCAAAUGACAAAGGAAAACUGGACCCAUCUGGUGUUUUUCCUCUCAUUCCUAAUCUGUGCUGGUCAAUUC